AUGGCGGCCGUGACCGAUGUUCAGCGGCUACAGGCCCGUGUGGAGGAGCUGGAGCGCUGGGUGUACGGACCAGGCGGGUCUCGCGGCUCGCGGAAGGUGGCUGAUGGCCUGGUCAAGGUGCAGGUGGCUUUGGGGAACAUCGCCAGCAAGAGGGAGAGGGUGAAGGUUCUGUACAAAAAGAUUGAAGACUUGAUCAAAUACCUGGAUCCUGAGUACAUUGACCGCAUUGCCUUACCUGAUGCCUCCAAGCUGCAGUUCAUCUUGGCAGAGGAGCAGUUCAUUCUCUCGCAGGUUGCACUUCUGGAGAAGGUGGACGCUCUGGUGCCCAUGCUGGACAGCACUCACAUCAAAGCCGUUCCUGAGCAUGCUGCCCGCCUGCAGCGCUUGGCCCAGAUCCACAUCCAGCAGCAGGACCAGUGUGUGGAGGUCACUGAGGAGUCCAAGGCUCUCCUGGAGGAAUACAACAAGACUACCAUGCUUCUCUCCAAGCAGUUUGUGCAGUGGGAUGAACUUCUCUGCCAGCUAGAAGCUGCCAGGCAGGUGAAGCCUGUGGAAGAGUGA